CUCCGGCAUCUAAUCUAAUGUAAUAUAAUCUAAUAAAGUCGGGGCGCGACCCGGACGACGGAAGCCGCUACUCCCAUGUCUCCCGCCGCCGCGGCCACCACCACAACGGCGGCGUCGCCGCCCGGCUCCUCCCUCCUCCACCGUCUUAUCGCACUGGACACGGCCUUAUCCCUCCGCAUCCACUCGCUCUGCCGUCCCGUCCCCCGCUCCCUCCUCAAAGCCCUCGAGAUCUCCGGCGACGGCCGUUUCUGGUUCCCCAUCCCCCUCGCCCUCCUCCCCUUCUCCUCCUCCGCCUCCUCCGACGCUUUCCAUCUCCUCCUCGCCCUCCUCCUCGGCUCCCUUCUCGACCUCCUCCUCGUCGGCCUCGCGAAGCACCUCGUGCGCCGCCCUCGCCCCGUCUACAACAAGGGCAUGAGCCUCGCCUUUGCCGUCGACCACUGGUCCUUCCCCAGCGGUCACUCCUCCCGCGUCUUCUUCAUUGCCUCCUUCCUCCGACUCUCCGACGCCUCCCUCCGCAGCCUCCUCGCCGGCCGCGGCUGGAUCGGCGUCUACUACGGUGGCGACCCCGCCGAGCUCCUGGUGCGCCUCGUCUUGGUCUGGUCUGCCGCCACCUCCGGCUCUCGGGUCCUCCUCGAGGUUGCAGGAAGCUAACAUGUCGCUGCUUAACCACGAUGCAGCAUACUGAACAUGCACGUCAAAUGGCUGAUGUGGAGUGUCAGAAAAUGAUUGUUAGCCUACAGAGAGUUGCUUCCAUUGAUUGCUGAACUAGUUCGACUGGAAGCUGCCUGCCAGAGAUUAACUCUCAUAUUGGCAAAACCUAAAUAUAGCAGAAACAAGCAGCAAGAUUGUGUUGGCAUCCAAGAGCACCUCACAUUAAUACAUAAUGCUGGGUGUUUGUUGGUGAUCUAAAGCUGGUGUUUGCUGCAGGGUGCCCUUUCUUUGGGAGGCCCGACAUGUGAAGUUCACAUAGUUGAAUGCUUUUGGGAAUCCAAUGCUGAUAUUUAGAAAUUGGAAUUUGAGGUUCCUGUGCCAGUGUACCCAUUCUUGUGCUGCACUAUUUUUGACAAACUAUCAUAUUAAGGA